GAACCCGGUUGAAAGAGGAAGCGAGAAAGAGCAAUGAGCAUUCCUUUGCCCGCGAGGCACUUGCUGCCUCUCGCCGCCGCCGCCGCCGCCGCCGCCGCCGCCGCCAUUGAUUGUCCCUCCAGACCCUCGAGAUCCUUCCACAGCGCCGCCCCGAUUGCUGGGGCCGAUUUGAGCGCCUACCCUCUGGGUUGCUUCAGCCCUUCUCAUUCUUCUCGCGCCGGAUGGCCUCGAAGGAAGAGGCCUUCGCUCUCCCGACAGACGUGGCUUUGUGGGAUUAUGAGAAGGGAUCAAGAUGUCAACAAUUCAGACUUCGGAGAGGAGAGUGAAAUGCGGAUGCUCAGUCCCGAAGACGAUGGUGGCACUCAAAUUCCAACUCAAGCACAAUCUUUGGUGGAAGGAUCUGGUGCUGUCCUGGUAUCGGAAUACAAACCAGUUCCCGAAGUUGAUUAUUUGCAGGAGUUAUUGGCCAUUCAACAGCAAGGCCCUCGAGCUAUUGGCUUCUUUGGGACAAGAAACAUGGGAUUCAUGCAUCAGGAACUAAUUGAGAUUCUCAGCUAUGCAAUGGUUAUAACUAAAAAUCACAUAUAUACAUCGGGGGCAUCCGGGACUAAUGCAGCCGUCAUUAGAGGUGCUUUAAGAGCAGAAAAGCCAGAGCUGUUGACAGUAAUCUUACCUCAGAGUUUGAAAAAGCAGCCUCCAGAGAGCCAGGAAUUAUUGUCUAAAGUGCAGAAUGUGAUAGAGAAGCCUUAUAAUGACCAUCUACCUUUAAUAGAAGCAAGCAGGCUGUGUAAUAUGGACAUAAUCUCACAUGUACAGCAAGUUAUUUGCUUUGCGUUCCAUGACAGCAAGUUGCUCAUGGAAACAUGCCAGGAGGCCAAGAAUCUCCGGAAGAUAGUGACGUUAUUUUACCUGGAUUAGCAGAAUCUAUUCAUGUCCAAUGUAUUUUUUUGUCAUGAUGGGUAGGGAGAACAUGCCGCAUCGGGAAAGGACGAUGUUGCUUAUGGUGGGUGCGUUAGGAGGAGACAGAUCUGUUGACAUUUGAAAACUUGUAAUAUCUUAGAGGGCCAAUUCGCUCCUCUCUUUUAUUUAAGAAUAAAGUCAAGUAUAGGAAUGAAGCAUGUUUAUUUUCGUCUA